CUUAGCUCUUACAUAAAAGCCAUCUACCAAUGUUUAUUCAAAAGUAAUCAGCUUUUUCUGUGGUUGAAUGAACAUGUGUUCUCUUCAACAGGGUCUGGGAAAACGGCAGCAUUUCUUCUGCCCAUCUUGAGUCAGAUUUAUACUGAUGGCCCAGGCGAGGCCUUGAGGGCCAUGAAGGAAAAUGGAAGGUACGGGCGCCGCAAACAAUACCCAAUCUCCUUGGUAUUAGCACCAACUAGAGAAUUGGCAGUACAGAUCUAUGAGGAAGCCAGGAAAUUUUCAUACAGAUCUAGAGUUCGUCCUUGUGUUGUUUACGGUGGUGCCGAUAUUGGUCAGCAGAUUCGAGACUUAGAACGUGGAUGCCACUUGUUAGUAGCUACUCCAGGACGUCUAGUGGAUAUGAUGGAAAGAGGCAAGAUUGGAUUAGACUUCUGCAAAUACUUGGUGUUGGAUGAAGCUGAUCGGAUGUUGGAUAUGGGGUUUGAACCUCAGAUUCGUAGAAUAGUUGAACAAGAUACGAUGCCACCAAAGGGCGUGCGCCACACUAUGAUGUUUAGUGCUACUUUCCCCAAGGAAAUACAGAUGCUUGCUCGUGAUUUCUUGGAUGAAUAUAUCUUCUUGGCUGUAGGAAGAGUUGGCUCUACCUCUGAGAACAUCACACAGAAAGUAGUGUGGGUGGAAGACGCAGACAAGCGGUCAUUUCUGCUUGACCUUCUAAAUGCAACAGGCAAGGAUUCACUCACCUUAGUGUUUGUGGAGACCAAAAAGGGUGCAGAUUCUCUGGAGGAUUUCUUAUACCAUGAAGGAUAUGCAUGCACCAGUAUCCAUGGAGACCGAUCUCAGAGAGAUAGAGAGGAGGCUCUGCACCAGUUCCGCUCAGGAAAAAGCCCGAUUCUAGUGGCUACAGCAGUAGCAGCAAGAGGCCUGGACAUUUCAAAUGUGAAACAUGUCAUCAAUUUUGACUUGCCAAGUGAUAUUGAAGAGUAUGUCCAUCGCAUUGGCCGUACAGGACGUGUAGGAAACCUUGGUAAUUGGCCGCUUAAUGUUCUGGUUAUUUUUUUUACUGUGAUUCGUGUAGCAAAGAACUUUUCAGGAUCUUAAUUUUAAGAACUUCUA